CUAGAUUGAGAUUUAAAGUAAAAUCAAAUUCAAGGAACACUAUUCCUCAUUUCUUGAGAGAUUUUUUAUCAAAGUGAACUAUGAAUAAUGUAAUGUUUUCAAUAUCUCAGUAUUAUGAAAACAAAAUAUAAACAUGAAGUAUAUAUGAUAUUUCAGGCUAAGGAACAGAUAGAAAAAGAUAACGAUGUUGGUGCUAAGGAGACACUGUCUGAUUUAGUAGACCAGCUUAAUACAACGCUCAAGAAGAACGAUUUCCAUGGAGCAUAUUUUGACCGCACGGCCAAACCUAAUGACCGUCUGUGUGACAAGAAGGGCUGGUUUCAGUGUGAAGGACCUUUUGAUAGUGAGAGAUGUGAUAGUUUUCAUACAAUAAAUCCUUAUGCUUCAAGAGGUUACCGGCAACUGUUUGGGUUAUGGAAUUUAGAUCAUGUUAUAGAGAAAUCUAGAGAAAUUUUACCAACAUUAAUCGAAGCAGCAAAGAGAAGGAAGAAACAUGAACAGAUCAACUGGGAGUACGUGUAUAAAUUAUUGUUUACGAAGAAUAACCUGAAACUCGUGCAAAUUGGCUGCCACAAAAAGGCUGCGAGAACUCAGACUUGCAGUGUACAAGAUUUCCUCAUUAGCUGAUGAUAGGUCCGGGGAUAGAUAAUAGUAUUUCAUGUUCUAUACUGUCCUAUUCUGCGAUAUAGAUUAUUAUUUAGUUAAAAGAGAUAGAUGACUUGAGUAUAAAUCACCUGGCCCCAUGUUCACUAAGAUUAAACCAAAAACUCAAAUAUUCUCCAUUGUUUAUCGUCAUAAAUUAAAAUAUUGAGCUUGAUCCUAAAAUUGAUCCAAUUAUUUUUAUAUUUGUUCUGUUUUCCAUUGAUUUUUAUCUCAAAAUAGGUUUGCUUCUUUGCAUUUUUUUUACAUUUUGAAUAUGUUCCAUUCAAUUCUAGCAAGAUUCAAUUAAUUUGAGUUUUAUAUAACAAUGAAAAGAAAAUCUGGAUCAUUUGAUCGUGAUCUUUUUCUUAGUGAACACACAGCCUGUAUUGUAGACAGGGAUUCACAAUACAUUGACACUAUUGUUUUUAUCAGUACUUAAAAUAUGGUAAAUUUAACCAUUGUUGUCCAAUCCACUUUAAUGGCCGUCACUUUCAAAGAAAAUUUCAAUCUUAAAGUUUAAUAACAGAAAAAGGAAUUAUAGUUGUCACAGGAUGUAAUUUCUACUUGCUUUUUAACUUGUCUUUCUCACAAAGGCUUUCUGUUAAAGCUCCAUAAUUUUAUUCUUUUUGUAUAUCUUUUUCAUAUUUAAAAAAGUUUUUUUUAUAUUGAUGUUAUUAUUGUAUAAAAUUUUUUUUCCAUAUUACGCAUUUUUUUUUGUUAUGAAUGUACAGAUAUAUUUGAUUACUUUAAUAUAAUGAUGUAUUUAUUAGACUUAUGCCUUCCUAUUAUACAACAUAUGGCAAGAACAACACAAUUCAACAAAUUGUGAGCAUAAAUUUAACUCUUAAAUUGAACUCAUAUUUUUGAAUGGGAUACAUAAUUCCAUGUAAUUUGAAUUUCGGAAAAUCAGGUAAAUUCACAUGAAAGAAACAGAAUAACAAAUAAUAGUGGUGCAUAUUAGUUAAUCUGUUGAGCUUACUUUUGAAGCUAAUUUAUUUUGUUAUAUUUAAUUACUUUUUUUUUUAUAAAUUACUGAUUAGAAACUUUUUUGAGUGUUGUUAAAGAAAGAUAUAUUUUUUGAGAGUGCUUGUUAUACAUUUGUUAAAAGUUUAUUUUUUGAAGCUUUGUUAUGUAUUGAAUUUCCGGUUACAUAUCACUUUAAAACAGUGCAUUUAUAAAAUUGUCUCUCUCUCUCUAUAUAUAUAUUUUAUGACCAUUUUUUUGUAUUUAUAUUUUCAAACAUUCCAGGCAUAGCCGUAUCCAUUUACCUCCUAUUUAAAGCGUCUUUUUUAUGUGCUGUGUAAUUUUUACAUGUUGUUGGUUUGUAUUUUCUUCAAUUUGCUCUUCCAUCAUUCUUACGGUGCAACUUUUACAUUGAAGCGCCCUGUGAAGCAAUGACCUCUUUACAACAUUUCCCAAAAGGAAAUUUCACAAAAGAAUUUAAACUCCAUAGAACAACUCCUCUUAGCAACUACUUAUUCGUCUCUGAACGGUGGUUGUUAAAAAAUAAAAUAAUAUGAGUUAUAACUGGUUUUUGUUGGAUUAUAUGGCCCAUUAUAAUACUGCACGUCUGUUACGUUGCUUUUCAUUGGAUAAUCGUGACAUUUAUAUAGUUUUAUAAUAUUAUACAUGGCUGCUGUAAAUUUAUUAAGAAAUCACAUUUUCCCCUAAAAAAGGGGGAGUUUGCUGUAUUAUAAAUUUGUCAUAAAAUUCCUGACAGGUUAUAUGGCCAUAUAUGGAAGUUGGCAAUAUAAUCCUUCCCUUGGGACUCUGGUUAAAUAUACAAACAACCAUUUAUAUAUAGCUAUAUAACCUGUCGGAAAUUUUUAUGAGUAAUAAUAUAAACAGCUAUAAGGUGAUAUAUACAUUUAUAUAAAAUAUACAACCUGAGAUGCUAGGGUUAUCUUAAUUUUUAAGUGUGUUGUUUUUAGCUCACCUGUCACAAAGUGACAGGGUGAGCUUUUGUGAUCGCUUUUCGUCCGUCCGUCUGUCCGUCCAUAAACUUUUACUUUAAAUGACAUCUCCUCAUUAACCAGUAAGCCAAUUUCAUCCAAACUUCACAGGAAUGUUUCUUUGGUAGUCACCUUUAAUAAAUGUUCAGAGAAUUUGAUUCCAUGCAGAACUCUGGUUGCCAUGGCAACCGAAAGAAAAAACUUUAAAUAUCUUCUUUUAAAAAACCCAAAGAGCUAGAGCUUAGAUAUUUGGCAUGAAACAUCUUCUAGUAAGUGUCUACCAAGUUUAUUCAAAUAAAAGCAUUGAUUUUCUCUAUAUGCAUAUAGUAAAAACUUAAAAAAUCUUCUUUUAAAGAACCCAAAGAGCUAGAGCUAAGAUAUUUAAUAUGAAACAUCUUCUAUUGGGUGUCUACCAAGUUUGUUCAAAUAAAAGCCCUGGGGUCAAAAUUGGCCCCACCCAAGGGGGGUCAUUGAUUUUCCCUAUAUGCAUAUAGUAAAAACUUAAAAAGUCUUCUUUUAAAGAACCCAAAUAGCUAGAGCUAAGAUAUUUAGCAUGAAACAUGCUCUAAUAGGUGUGUACCAAAUUUGUUCAAAUAAGAGCCCUGGGGUCAAAUUUGGCCCUGUCCAGAGGGUCAUUGAUUUUCCUUAUAUGUGUAUAGCAAAAACUUAAAAAAUCUUCUUUGAAAAAACCCAAAUAGCUAAAGUUUAGAUACUAAGCAUGAAACAUCUUCUAGUGAGUGUCUACAAAGUUUGUUCAAAUAAAAGCCCUGGGGUCAAAAUUGGCUCCGCCCCGGGGGUCAUUGAUUUUAUUUAUGUGUAUAGCAAAAACUUAAAAAAUCUUCUGUGAAAAAAACUCAAAUAGCUAGAGUUUAGAUAUUAAGCAUGAAACAUCUUCUAGUGAGUGUCUACAAAGUUUGUUCAAAUAAAAGCCCUGGGGUCAAAAUUGGCUCCGCCCCUGGGGUCAUUGAUUUUAUUUAUGUGUAUAGCAAAAACUUAAAAAAUCUUCUUUGAAAAAACCCAAAUAGCUAGAGUUUAGAUAUAAAGCAUGAAACAUCUUCUAGUGAGUGUCUACAAAGUUGGUUCAAAUAAAAGCCCUGGGGUCAAAACUGGCCCCGCCCUAGGGGUGUCAUUGCUUUUAACUAUAUGUGUAUAGUAAAAACUUGAAAGAUCUUCUUUUAAAAAAACUCAACGAGCUCGACCUUCGAUGUUUAGCAAUGGGUGUCUACCAAGUUUGUUCAAAUAAAAGCCCUGGGGUUUAAACUGGCCCCGCUCUGGGGGCCUAUAUACAGGUGAGUGACUUCAGGGCCAUCAUGGCCCUCUUGUUGUUUUUUUGGUGAGUAUCUAUACUUUCAGGUCGUGUUUCAUUUUAAUUGGGUCAAGGUUACUGGUGCUAAAAAUAGAUUUUCCCUUCACUUCGUAUGCAAUUCCAUGUGUUUACUUUUGUCAAAGUGAGAUCUUGAACAAGUGUGAAUGUUACAUACAUCAUAUCAUGUAAAUUAGUGUUCUUUAUUUUAAUUACUUGAAUUUGCCAGGUCUUACAAAUAUAUUAUUUAUAUUUUCUUACCAUUUUCAGUUUAUAUCACUGGAAACAUUAUGAUACAUGUAACUUACUAUUUUGAAAUAUGUCAUUAAAUAUAUGAACAUUGUUAUAUAUAUUUAUAUAUUUAUUUAUAGCAGUUGUUGAUAUUUUUUUCUAAGAAUAUAGGAGUUUAUUAAUUACAAAAUAUUGAUCCAUUUAUUUAAUUAUCUGUUAAUGAAUAAUAGAGUUUACUGAAAAAUGAAAUAAUUUUGCUAAAGCAACAUGUCUGAGUAAUUGGUGAGGUUAAAUAGUCAUGAUUUUCUGUUUUUUAUUUCUGCUGAAUAUUUAUUUUAUUUAGAUAAAUUGCAAACAUUUAUUUUCCAAAAAAAAAGAAAAUCUUUAAUUCAUGAAAUUUUGAGUAUAUUCCACAGAGAUGAAGCAAAGCAUACUACUUUGUUAACAUUAUUUAUAUUACUGUAUUGUAUAUUCCAUUGUUCACUGUAAGUGGCUGGAUGUACCAGACUCAGUGGGUUUAGCUUCAGGAAAGAGGAUACUGGGUUUGAGUCCUGGCUGCUCAUUUUUCAUACUCUGUGUGACAUAUAGAGAUAUAAAAAUUAAAUCAAACUCCUUCAAAAAUUAACUUUUAGGUCUGUUUCUGUUGAUAUGUUCUCAGUGAUAUUUUCCCCUAUUUUUAACAUCUUUUGAUAUUUAAUGUCUGUGAAAUGUUUCUGUCAAUUAGCCUUUUAUGAAAAGUGCUGUAUUUUGUGAUGAUCAUGUUAAAAAUGACCUGUUACAAUAACUGUUAACUUCCGUCCAUCUUUGUGUGUAGAUACUUGUAUUAAUAAGUAUAAUUUAAAGAGCCUCUUAAUCACUAUGAUUUAUCAUGGGAAAUAUUUUCAUCCAUGUUACAAAGAUGCUCAUUCAGAUAAGUUGACCUUCCUCUAGAAUGUAAUUUUUCAGAGAUCACUUUUAAACUUAUUUUUACUUGUAUAUUAUAUUAAGACACAUACAAAAAAGGGGUGUGAAUUUCAAGAAAACGUUUUUCAUAUUAAUGUCCAUUUUUUAAACUUAGAAAAAUACAUGUAUUUUAAUUCCUUUUUUAAAGAAAUAUUUCCCAUAAAAAAAGUUGAAGAAAUAAGGAUGAGCACAACAUAGUAGUUUUCUUGAAUUUGAUUUUUUGCUCUAUAAUUUUAACAUAUUUUUGUGCAUUAUUUUAAUAUUUCCUUUGUCAGUGAGGAUAAAAGGACACAAAUUUAUUAGAAUGUCUUGCAUAAUUGUUUACCUAUUACUGAAUGCAUUGUCUCGAUUGGGAAAAUUCCCUAAGGUUUUGUAGCAUUACAAUGUACUCUCAACUUAAAGCUUGAGUGAUAAAAUAAUGAUGGUGGCAUUUAUGGGUGACAAUGGCAUUAUUACUGUUUUUGAUGUGCUGUCAAAUAAUAUAUUCAGUUGUUUCUGCCAUUCAUUAUUGAUUUUUGUGCCGUGACUGCCCCAAUUAAUUUAUAUUGGCAGAUAUUGAAUUUUACAUCUGCCUUGAAUGAAGAAACAUAGAUUAAAAGAGCAUUACAAAUACAUGUCAGAUCAGCUAUUGAAAAUGGAAAUUUCAGACUUAUGGAGCAAAAAUGGUAUAUUGAGAAUUGUAAUAUUGCGAGUUCAAACACUGUGAUUAUAUAGAUGCUACUAAACUAUCACAACACUUUCUGUAUACUUUAACAACAAAACCACUUGUAUAUAAGAGAUUCAAGGUUGUAGUGUUACUGCAGUCAUCAACAAGGUUAUUGCAAGGGAAAACAUUAAAUCUCACAAUCCAAAAAUAUCCCUUUUUGAUAAAACUUGGCAAAAAUGUUUGUUAUAAUAACACGAUGUGUCAUUUGCAAAAACUGGUCACCUUCCUCUGAGGUCAAGAUCACACUUGUAGGUCAAAGAUAAACAUAGUCUGUUAUAGGGUAUAUUUUGUGUCCGGUCCAUAACUUUUACAUACAUCAAAGGAUUUUGAAAAUACUUGGCACAAAUAGUCACAAUAAUAAGAUAACAUGUUAAGUACAACACCUGCACCCCUACCUCUAAGGUCACACUUAGAGGUCAGAGCUUAACAUGAUAAUUUUUUUUAAUUCAGUGUUUCAU